UACGCGGACCAGCUUCCUGCUGCGAUGGCAGCAACUUUGCGACCGGAUAGCCACUUGGGCACAGGUGGGAUAUCAUUACGCGCCGGAGGCAGAGCUGGUGACUAUAGAGGACUUUAUGACGAUGACUUUAAGCGAUGAUAAUUUGAUGUGUAUCUAUGCCAGAGACAUAUCCGUGCGAAACGCAGCCUUCGUCGAACUCUAUAACAGUAGUAGCAGACAUCUUGUCAUCCAAGGCCUAGUGCACCGCAUUCUCCACGAAGAGGUUUUCGAGGGCGUCAAGAAAUUCCUGAAGUUCGAACUUUCAGAACCAACAGUGAGUUGGAUGGACAAGCCGCAGCCAGUUUUGGGGUGGACUGGCGGCAUGCGCAGACUCUAUCAAGGGUCUAACAGGGAGCCCAAAAGUUGGAAGACACGAAAGUGGGAGGUCCUGACGGCAAAGAAUCUCGGAGACACCAAUACUGCAACCUUUGACCCGCUCAGUUAUUCCGAGAUAGAUCUGCAAACGAAGGAACAACUCAUGGCCAACAGCGCCGAGGAGCGCGAGAAGAAGAAAGCCCUGCGAUACGAUAUCUUUACCGACAUGGACACCCGUUUCCAGCACAGUUUCGACCUGAAGGCGUUCCACCUGAACCGCGCAAGAAUGAUGAAGACCAUCUUCCAGCUCGUCGAAGAUCCCAUGCGGCCGGACAUGCUCCGCUGGCGAACUUCCGUCGUGCGGUUGAUAUUCGACACGGUCGAGCACGCGCGCAUCGCGCACGACAAACUGAUCCGGCGGUCGGCGCUUAAGUACGAGCUCUGGAACAUCGUCAAGGACGCGCUGAACCUGGCCAUCUCGAUGCAGUGCCAACGUAAGUGCUGGUACACGCGCAUGAAGCCGCCCGUGGAUGACUAUCAGUUCGAAGGGCGGGCGAUGGUGGACGUGCGCGAAGAGCCGUGGCUAGGCGACGAUCCCGAGAUCGUUGCGAUAUUGGAACGGGCCAAGGAAAUCAACCAUAUCCCAUGGGAGCUCUUUUCGAUCGGAAAGGUGCAGUUGACGGUGACACCCGCGUUGUUCGUGCGCGGCGACGACGAUGACUACAGCGCCGGAAGCGAAAUUAUGGUGGCCCCGGCUGGUGUCGUUCCACGCAUUGGCGACAUUCAGCAGAUGAGGGCGUGGGUGCGAGAACAGGAUAUGGUGGACAAGGAGGACCGGGUGCAAAAAUCAAAGUCUCUGGUCAAAAUGUUGAAUGAGGAUCGGGAAAGAAUGGAGCGAGAAGGAGCCAAGACCAAGGAAUGGAACCCGUAUCACGACCUCCGCGAUGACGAUGACAUGACCGGUCCCACAGACCUCAUCCCCUUAGGAAUGGGCAAGGCGUGCGAGACGAAGGAGGGCAGGCUCAAGUGGGGGGAAAAGGAGAAGGCUGAGGCCCAGAAAGCACGAAAACGUGCCAAGGAGAGGGGCAGGGAGGUCAUGAAUGAACUAUUGGCGGAACAUGGGGAGGAAGAGCGACGGAGGAGGCAGAAGAGGCAGAAGCCGUCGGUUCCGUUUCAGUACGAACGGACAAUAGAGGAGAGAGAAGAGGAAGAGGAGAGGAUCCUGUUGAAGGAAAGAGAUAACGAGAAGGAUAGGGAUCACAAGUCGCCCUGGCUACCCGUCGACCUGGGAGACGAGUAUGAUUUUACGAAAAAACCGGAGGAUGAAUGAAUAUGUGCGUGUAUGAGGGAGGGACGAGAGUCGAGGUUUUACACAGAAACGUCAGGGAAACAAUUACAAGCUCAAUUUGUAUCGC